AUGUCCCUUCCUACCGCUUACCGGGCGAUGCACCGGAAUACUUGGAGCAUCGCUAAACUCAUGGGACUUCUUGUCCUUACGGGCACCGGGAGACAGUUCAUCGUGGGAGGCGUCGCCAACAGGGUGCAGACAGUGAACUACACUUGGCGCGGUGCCGCCUCCGUCAGGAUCAGCAGUUGGCGUGUCAGCCGCGUCGGCGCCGCGCAGGGGGCGUCCGUUGUCCGCACGGGCGGCGGCGUUGGAACCAACAACCUGUCGCUGCGCAUGACCACCGCGCGCGGCAGGGGGCUCAACUACCUCGCGAAAACGGUGGCGUUUUUCACAGGAAUUAGUUCAUACAGUGAACUACACUUGGUGCGGUGUCGCCUCCAUCAGGAUCAACAGUUGCCGUGUCAGCCGCGUCGGCGCCACUUAAGUGGCGUCCGUUGUCCCAACGCCGCCGGCGUUGGGACCAACCACCUGUCGCUGCGCAUGACCACCAAGCGAGGCAACUACCUUGUUGAGAUAUGGGGCGAUAAUGUUGAACCUCAUUAG